UGAAAAUUUUUUGGUAUUUUUAGUUUAAGCAGAAGCUGAAUAGCCAUCUCUGAGGAACAGUUCUCUCUGCUUUAAGUAGGUGGUUGGACCAAAGGGCCUUUUAUAAUUCUAUCAAUUUUUGGUUCUUGGUUAGCUUAAAGAAAGGAAAGAUCAUCAUAAUUCUAGUGCUUCUUUGCUUCAACUUUUAAAAGAUCCACAUAAACAUGUCUGAGUGUAUAUGCAUACACCUAGAGGGCCUGAAUUUGGAAAAUCAAAUCCAUAUGCUGAACUCCUGUUGUGGAGGUUCAAAGCGAUGAAAACUGGAGAAGGGAAAUGUGGCCCUGAUAUGAAGGUUCUUGUAUCAGGUGUAUAAUGUAUAAGAUGAUCAUAGAAGCAUCUGAGAAGGGAAAACAAGGCAAAACAGCUCACUUUCCCCAGGAUUCUCCUCAUAUUCACAGAUGAACAUAAUACAGUGCUUAGCUCAGAAGCUUUCUCCUGCAUCAUGACCUGGCUCAACAUUUUGGUUCUAAAUUACAGUUUGAGGAUGGAGGCAGGGAAGACACAUUAUGACCUGGGAGAGUGAACCCAGUUUCUUUUACAUGCUAAUUCAACGUUGCUUUGUCUUUGUCUUUGUCUCCAGCAUGAAGCCCACCCUCUUCAUCUCUCUCCCCCUAGUCUUUGCUUUGACUUUGGGGCAGAGCAUGUCCCUUUGCAUUCCUGUUGAAUAUGUCAUCCACGUGGAGAAGAGAGAGUGUGCCUAUUGUCUGGCUAUCAACACUACCAUCUGUGAAGGAUUCUGCAUGACCUGGGACAGCAAUGGUAAGAAACUGCUCCCCCGGAGUGCCCUGUCCCAGGAAGUGUGCACAUACAAGGACAUGGUGUACAGGACCGUGAUGAUCCCCGGCUGUCAACACCAGGCUGCCUCCUACUUCUCCUACCCAGUGGCGGUGAGCUGCAGAUGCGGAAAAUGCAACACUGACUAUAGCGACUGCGUUCAGGAGGCGAGCCGCACCGGUUAUUGCACUUCACCUCAGAAAUUACACAGUCCAUGAAGUUCUGGCGUCCUCCCCCUCUCCACCUCUCUUGCACCCAAAACCUCUCUGCUGACAGAUGACAGAUGAUUGGCAGUCAAGAAUAAACGGGUUGGGUGGCAUAUCCAAUAUUGGUUCUGUCAAAUUAUUUGCAGGGAAAAAAAUAAG